CCCCCUUGUAUUGCGAGUACCACCCCGGUGUAGGUCUGUGGACGAAGUCAGAGAACUGGAAAGGCGGAUAGGCGAAGUGCUUUGGUGUUGUGACAGUCACUCGACAUUGUUUGCACUGCUUCCGGAUCAGGUCCAAGGUAGUUUCUUCUGCUACUAGAACUUCUGGAUUUGUGACUUCAGCCAGCUGGUCGAAAGAAGACGGAGUUUCUACCUUCGGAGUCUAGUGGCGUAAAAAACUUGGUCCUGAUUUAUUGUGUUCGGCGGCAAGUUGGAGCUAGCUCCUGUAGGAGUUGAUGCCACAAGUCUGGUGGUCUGUUCUGGUUUGAUGUGCUGGUGGAGCAUGAGUUAGGAAUUGCUGGGAAAUGGUCGAAGACACUAGCAUCAUCGAUACUCUUCGAACCAAGCUCGAAGCUGGUAAACCAUUCGUCAACUGUGGGCCAGUGUUAAUUACUUUGAACCCAUACCAGGACACCGAUGCAUACGAUGGGCCCGUUUCGUCCUUCUAUCAUGUCGAGCGCGAAUGCGGCCCCAACAAUGUCCUGGCAGCGCGGUCGCAUGUAUUCAGCGUUGCCCGUAUCAUGCGCCAGCUGCUGCUCCUGCACAACGGUGUACAGGUAGCAGUGUUUAUGGGAUUCAGCGGCUCUGGAAAAUCGUACGCAGCAGACACGCUCAUUAGGCAAGCAAUUCGUCCCUACCCCAUUGCCAGAUCAAAACCUUUCUCCCUCAACCCUGCCGAGACCGCUCCCCUAGGUGACCGUGUGACGAAGGCCAUUGCGCUGAUCCGCAAGGCCAUCACGGCGGGUGGUUGCCAGAACAGCACUUCGACGCGUGGCAUCCUUGAAAUCGGCUUGCGCUUCCAGUUACCUUCUGCCGGGUCAGAGAAUCGGGCAGGAAACCUGGUUGGAGCCACGUUUGCCAUCUACGGCCUGGAAAGAUGGCGGGUGGCGCUGCGUCGGCCAACGUCCUCCCAGGACUCUCCGUUCUUUAUGUUGAAUGAAGUCAUUGCUGCCCUAGUGUGCACAGGCUUUAGCAACGAAGCGCAGCGUGUCAUCGAGAAUUCGUGGCGAUCAGAGGAGCGGGAAUUCCUGACCAACCUUGCCCGGGCAAUGCUUGGCAAUGAGAAGCCAUCGGCCGUACGGGAAUGGGGAAGGAGUUUCGAGGCUACAGUGCACAGUUUGUUUGGCUUUGGAAUGGCCAACAUCCAGAUCGCUCACUUGUUCCGCGCACUGUCCGCUGUGCUGCUACUAACAAACAUCGACUUCAACACGACCGGUGGCAUUAACCCACUCUAUCUCUCGGCAUCUAGCAUGGUGCGUGGUGCGGACUGGAGACAAACCUGUACGCAUGCUCAGUGGCCUGAUGAUCUCGGGGCAGGUAUCAAAUGCACACUAGGUGACGGGGCCGUCCCUGACGCCGAUGCUGUUAUUGAAGCCGAGAUGGCCCGCAGACCGAAAGCUAAGCAGCUGAUGAAGAAGGCUACUCGCUCAAAAGCAGACGGUGGCCACGGUAUGCAAGCAGCACCGGAAAGAGGCCUCUUCAGCAAUUCGCUAGCAUACACCUUGCCCUUGUUCAGUCACAUGGGAAUCAACGAGGACAUGCUUCACGUUGCCGCUGUUCAAGGUGGCUACAAGGGCCUGGCUUCGGAGGCGGACUUGCGCGGCAAGCUCCUAGAUCGACUUGUCAUGUGUGGUGAUCGGUCAUGGAUAUCUCCAAACGGCAGCCAGGUCAAUGCGACAAUCAUCGACUUUGUUGCCGAUUUGUUGGAACUUGAGUCCGCUGACCUGUAUGCAUCCCUCACACAACCGACCCAGAAGGAGAAGACUGUCAACGUAGGAACUGUUCAGCUAAGGUGCGACGCUCUGGCGUCAUCUCUCUAUGCCGGCACAGUGAACACGAUGGUCGACGCCAUUAACCUCCACUUCGAAUGCAACACAAAGAACACAAACAUCAUGUAUGUCAUUGACACGCCUGGCUUCGAGGACACGGAAGGUGCUCACUUUUCGCAGCUGUACCGUAACUUGACUGCCGAGCUCUUCAACAGCUUCUAUGUCUCGAAAACCUUCACGAUGUUUGAGAAACAUUGUCGGGAUAUGAAUAUCGAUUGGACCCCUGUUGACUACACCAAGGUCAGCACGCAAGUUCUGGACACCUUCUUCGGCAUGCUCCAUAAACGCGAAUCCGUGAAGGAGACUAUCGAGUCUGCCAACCUUACGUCUGCGCCGGCCUCUCGCUACGAGUACAGUAAAGAAGUCCUCGCAGGCUUGCUUGGGCUGCAACAGCAAGAGAUCUGGUCCAGCGAUGAGGACUCUCGUGCAUGGGAUAUGUGGAAUGCUUUGAUGAAGAACAAGGAGAAGAACAUCAUCAAGAAGGACAAGAAGCUGCACAGGGAUGCUGAGUUUGCCUGCAAGCGGUUCUUUGUGAAUCACUACAGUGGCAAGGUCCAGUACAGUGUUGAAACUUGGGUAGAUACUAACCGCUGUGUAAUGCCCCCAUCUCUCAUCGAAGUUGUUGGCACAAGCUCCAGUUCUCUGGUCCGCCGUGUAGCUGAGAAUGCGGCGGGCAAGAGUUUGCUGGGGGAAUUCCAGGAGUUUGAACGAACUCUCCUUGCCAAGCUGGGUUCAACACAAAACCACUUCAUCCAGUGCAUUCGACCGAACAAUUCUCGGAAACCGAACGUGUUCGACACAGAUCUGGUUGCUACCCAGGUGAAAGCCAUGCAGCUGGGUCCCCUGGGUAAGACCUACGGCCUCGGCUUCCACUACUACUAUGGCGUGGCCGACUUCAUUCAGAAGUAUAAGGAUCUGAUUGUCGGUGCUAUUCCUCCCAAUGCCAGUGACGCGGAUAUUUGCAGGCUUAUUGUGGACUGCACUGGUGUCGCGGAUGCUAGCCGAGUCACCAAAGGAGUCCUCAUCAAUCAUCGUGCCAGAGGGAAACUAGUGGAGGCUCUCAUGAAAAACUACCGGCAGGUGCCUACGUCAUCUGCUAAUCGCGCUACCCCGAGUGCACCCAGAUCCGGUGCACCUCCUGUCGUCCCCAGGCCGGUUAACUCUCUAUCGUCGUCUUCACAAUCAUCGGCACCUGCUGAUGACGAAGACAUGUAUAUUGAUGCCACCGAAAUCAAUCCCCGUGGCAACAGAAGCGAAGACGCCCCUGCACCAGUGCGUGCACCGUCUCGUCCUCCAGCUCACACCGAGGUAGCUGCUGAAGAGGAUGAUAUGUACUUGGACGUUUCGCAGAUCCAGAAACCUACUGACCAGGAUCAGCGCGAUGAAGAUCCUGUCGACCACAGUAGUAGCAGUGACGCCUACCUGACGUUUGAUGAUGUCAAUCAGGACAUGUACUUGGACCUGAGUGAGGUACAUGCUCAGGAAAGCUCUCCACAGCCAAUCAGAUCAGUGUCUGCACCUCCAGCCAACAAACUGCCACCAGCACGACAAACACCGUCGAUGCCGGCUGACGAUGGAGAUAUGUACUUGGACCUUAGUGAAGUCAAUGCAGCGACAUCCAUGCAGGCAUCUUCAUCAGCGCCUACGCCAGCGGGCAUCAAACUGCCUCAGCCUGGACAGGCUGCCGCAGCCGAUGAUGAUCUCUAUCUAGAUUUGCAGGACAUGCAGGCUGCUGCUCCUACAGUGGUGCAGACUCCACCAAACAAGCUGGCCGAGCGUACGAAGUCAGACACCAGCCAUCGUGUGUCAGGGGCGCAAGAGCUGGCUAAGCUGCCAGGAGCGAACCAUGCACUUCAGAUGCGAAGGAAUACUGAUGCUGCGUCCGUUUCACGAGUUCCACCGCCACGCCUGCCUCCCAAGGUGGGUGGUCCUCCCCCAGCGCUCCCACCCACGGGCCCUGCGGACGUUCGUCUUGGUCGCCCUGGCCGUUCUAUGUCGGAUGACAUGACACCGAGAAACCCUCGAUACCCAUCGGACUCUGUGGUCCCGCCUGCUCUGCCUGGUGCAUCUGGCCCACCCAUGCCUGCAAAGCCCACAGAGGCAUGGUACCACGGUGUCAUGGAGCGCAAUGAAGCUGUCCAACGCCUCAAAGUAUUCGGCGGUGACUGCUUCCUCGUGCGCGGCAGCACUACGCGUGAAGGCUCCUAUACCCUUUCUUUUGUACAUCAAGGUCAGGUCAACCACUUCAAGAUCAGUGUAAUGAAGAAUGGAUCCGUUAGGAUGCCUGGAAACAAGGAGCAAUUCGACUCUCUGGCAGAACUCGUGGAAUAUCAUCAGCGCACACCGCUGUCCAAGGACGGCAAACUUCUCCAUCAGCCGUGCAUCAAGAGAUAGAAAGCGUUGUGCAGUGGCUUUCCCUCUCUCAGGUUCCGAUAUUUGACUCUGUUCACUCGUGUCAAUCGCUUCUCUCCAUCCCAGCGAUGUCAUGUCCAACAUCUGACAAACUUGUAAAAUUAAUCUCUCCUCCCUCUAUUUUUAAUGUAUUAGUUCUAUUGAGUUGCAUUGAGAGUUGUAUUUGCAGUAUUUUUCCAAUUCUCGACAACACUAUUUAUUUGCCUUGAACCAAGGCUGCAUGAAUGUGUAUGCCUCUGGGUGAUGUUUGUGCUUGUAUCUCGCUUCCACGUUAUAUCCUUGAUUUACCAUGUGCUUGGUUACACCCAGGCACUUUGCCAUAACACCAUUAGUAUGUUUCUGGUGCCUGGAGGAACUUUUGUUUGUCUCUGUCUGUUCCCUUGUUGGUGGCUGUUGUUGACUGUGCAGUUUCUUCUUCUGAGCUACACCUUACCGAUGCAACUUGCUUUCCCUUUAACUCUUUCUAUUUAUUCAUCAUCGCGCACGAUGAAACGGGUUUCCGCUUUCGGUUCAA